AGAAUUAAAAUUUGGGGAUGAAUUAUACCUUUUAGGUCAAAUAAUGCACAUCACAAGAUAUGCAAGAACAAAUGUCAUCUAGACUGACGUGACCAUGUCGCCUUAUUUGUUUUGAAAGCGACAGCUUUUCGGUUGAUGAUUCAAGUGGAUUUCCCACUAAUUUACCCAAAAACACAGUCACAAUGACACCGACUGGCCUUUUGUGUUAACAAGCUCACAAGCUGUGAAGAAGAGUUUGUGGGACACCACACAUGGCAUCCAGACUCCGUAAUUUCAGUGUGAAAAAAUGAGCGACAGCCAGAGAGAGAGAUUGUGUCCUGUUUGAAAGGAUGUUAGAGACUGUAGAUGUUAUUGCGAUCAGAGUCCCAUGAGAGUGGCAGGCAGGCGGUUUUUCAUUGAUGUAGAGAAAGGCUCAGGGAGACAGCCAGCACGAACUGGGGCAGAUGGGUUUUAUUAACACAAACACAGUGGCGGACUUCUGGGCACAAGGACUCUGCCAUAAAUUGAUGAUCCUUUUACCAAUGUGCACCAAAUCUUUACACAUUGCAGGGAUAUGAUCGUGCUGUCAAUUUAAGUUAUAUAUAUUCUGAACGUACAGACGAUCCGUCCACAUGUUGAUUUAGAGUGUCAAGCCAGCCGUAGUUUAGCAGAGGGUGAUGGUUUUGUUUGCACAGACAUCAGAUGUAAUUCUUAUUUAACAUGACUGGUUUGAUAUUUGUGGCAUGCUAAUAAAGGUCAGAGCCCCAUGCAUUAUAUUGAGAGGAAUGAAUGAUGUAGAGCCCUCAGGCAUGAUGGGGAACAGCAAACAGCACACAAGCCAUAAGUCAACCGUAUUAUAAAAAUUGCUGAUGUAUGAAAGAUAGGCGAUUAAAAACAGAUGCCCUACAUUCAGUUGUUUUUCAUGCCUGCCAGCAUCCUGACCCCCAGUAAUUGGAGGAAGCAGAUUUCAGCACACUUGGAAUCCACAGGGGCAUCUGAGGGCCAAAAUUGAUGGCUGAAUGAGCGUGUUACCUGAGAACAUCAAUGGGUGCACCCAAUGAUUUGUAUGAUAUCACCAUUUGCUUUGAGAUGACCAAGGAGAACUAAAAGACACCCUGGCUCCACCUCAAGGUUUCUAUUUCUCUGUCUCCUGCCUCCGCUCCUCAAUGGGUUCCCGAAGUCAGGGGUUCUUCCACCACCAACACCACCACCGUAGUUCAGUGGUACCCACGGCUGUCCCACGACUGCUGCCCGAGACCAGCAGCCUGUUGGGGGGCAUCGCCCAGAUCACUCCGUCCCUGUUUCUCGGCCGGGGGAAUGUGGCGUCUAACCGCAGCCUUCUCCUGUCCAAAGGGAUUACCUGUGUGGUGAACGCCACCAUCGAGCUGCCCAACUUCAACUGGCCACACAUGGAGUACGUCAAAGUGCCCCUGGCCGACAUGCCUCAUUCUCCCAUCUCGCUUUAUUUUGACAGUGUGGCUGAUAAGAUCCACAGCGUGGGCCGGAAACGGGGAGCCGUGUUGGUGCACUGCGCAGCUGGGGUGAGCCGCUCCGCCUCGCUCUGUUUAGCCUACCUCAUGAAGUACCACAGAGUUUCCUUGGCCGAGGCUCACGCUUGGGUCAAAUCCCGCCGACCGGUCAUUCGUCCUAAUGGAGGGUUCUGGCGACAACUCAUUGAGUACGAGAGGAAACUGUUUGGCAGGAACUCGGUGAAAAUGAUCCAGACACCGUAUGGGGUCAUUCCCGACGUGUACGAGAGAGACCGCAGGAAUUUGGCACCUUACUGGGGCUUGUGAAGAGGGGUUUGGAUCUUGGUUCAAACAUAGAGGACGGGUCUUCUAAGCGAUCUUUGACUCCAUUGUCUUCCAGCCUCUUUACGUACAUCCACGUGUCCCUCUCACCAGAGAACAAAGCCAGAUGGGAGUGCUUAUGUUCAUUUUCAAGAUGGAAAAAAGUCACUUUAAGUCCAUAUUUUAUGAAGUCAGAAGUGAUAAUACAUCCUUGAAUGCUGAAAGAAAUCUGGGUGACAAUAAUGUCAGAUUUAGGAGCACUUUGGGAAUCAAGUGUGAUGCUGGGAAACAGGAAUUCAGUCCUUGGUUAAGACUUACCAAUCAUAAUAUUGUGAGGAUAUUGUUUCCGUUUGGCUGUCGUCUUUGUUGAGAGGCAGCAGUCUGAGUCUAAUCACCGGUAGCAUUUGAAAUAUUAUAUUCUAAUGUGUAUUUAAACUUGUGCAUUCAGAAAAAUACAAAAAAGAGAGAAAGCUAUUGGAAGGUUUUGUGAUGUUACAAACUGUUUAACAGAAGUUUAGAUAAGACUAAUGAACUAUUUAUGUAAAUGAAAAACAAAAAAAACUAUUUUUGAACACCAUGGAGGACAGUUGGCAUUUGUCAUGUCAGAACUCCUACAAAAUGGGCUGUUUCACAAAAAGCAGAACAACAAAUAUGGCUUUUGCAAUCGGUUUUUAAUAUUUAACUCAAAAGGUGUUUCUUUCAGUUGUUUUCUGCAGUGAAGCAUUAAUUAUAACCGGAGGACAUCUGUCAGGGGACUCCUAGCAAACCUUUUACUAAUACAUGUAAAAAAAA